AGCCCGGAUGGUAGUGCUUAAUCCCCUUUCUGCCCUUAAUUACCCCGCCUAGGUUUCAGCUAUUUCUAGAGCAUAUAUCUAGCACCUCCUUUCCUUCUCCUUUCUUUGGAAUAUUCCACUUUUCCUCUUCUUCUCCAUUACACCACCAAAAAGGUCUUGCUCCUACCAAACAACCCCCCCCUUCCCCAAAAUGGAUUUCGUCACCAAGCUUGCCGAAAAGUUCCUCGACAAAGACAAGUCCAGCGGCAGCCAAGAAGGCUACGGCAACCAGGGCGGAUAUGGUGGACAGCAACCUGGAGGCUAUGGCGGCGGCUAUCCUCAACCGCAACAACAUUCUGGCCCUCAAGUGCCUCCCCCAUGGGUCGCCCGGUGGGAUGGGGAGUCACAGCGAUGGUACUACGUGAACGAGCAGACCGGCGAGAGGACCUGGAACCACCCGGGUCAGGGCGAUGGCUACGGACAGCCGCAGCCUUCGUAUGGUGGCGGUGCGUCUUACGGUGGAGAGCAGUCGUAUGGCCAGCAACCCUCAUAUGGCUAUGACGAGUCGCGCCAGGGAGAUUAUUACCAGCAGCAGCAGGAGCCUAAGAAGGAUCACUCUGGGGCAAAAAUUGCGGGUGCUGCGGCUUUGGGUGUUGCUGGUGGAGUGCUGGGAGCGUAUGCUGUGCAUGAAGCGCAUGAAAGCUGGGAAGAGAACAAGGAUGAGUGGAAACAGGGUGUUCAGGAUUUCCCUGAAGAUGCUGCGGAAUGGACCGGCGAAAAGGUCGGUGAAGCCGAAGCAGGUUGGGAUCGCGCCGAGGAUCGAGUCGAACAAGGCUGGGAUAACGCUGUUGACAAGGUUGAGGACUUCCCCGAAAAUGCUGCAGAGUGGACUGGCGAAAAGGUCGGAGCUGUGGAACGAUUCGGUGACGAUAUGCACGAUGCAUACGAGCGGGGAGAAGAUGAGGGCCGCGGUGACGACAAUUGGUAGUUCUGGAAACUCCAGUGUUUUCCUCGGUCGGUUCUUGCAGGGUUGGAUUUGGAAGAAAUCUUCUUUAUUUCGGAGUGGAUGGGUAAUCUUACAACUUGAAGACUGGUUCUACUUAGAUCAUCGGACUAUUUCUCUUCGCAGGGACAUGACAACCCCCCUAAGUUGCUUUAUGUCCACUGCUCUAUGCAAACAUUAACAAACAUGGACUCAUACCAAGGCAGUAAGUACACGUAUCUCUAGGUA